AUGAGGUCGUCGUCGGGCCGCACGAAUGCGGGAGCAGCCGGGAUGGGCUUCACGUCGCCGCGCGACGCAGACGCCGCCGAGGCGCGUCGACUCCAACGUGCCGCGCUGUUGCAAGCGCGCGGCGGGCCCAACUCCAUGGAGAAGCGAUUCCUGCGCUUUAUAUCGGCCGGAACCUUCCUGGAUUCUGCCACACUGAGCUCCGUCGCGCCCAUCCUCCCGGGCUACGCGCGUCGCUUCGGCCUGACGCAGCACGCCGUCACGCUGCUCCUCGCGGCGCGCAACGUCACGUCCGUGCUCGCGUCGCUCCCCAUAGGCGUCCUCCUCCUCUUAAUCUCCGUCCCCACCAUCUUCGCUGCGACCUUCUCCCUCUCCACCCUCGCCUCUCUCUCCCUCGCGUUUCCGAUCGCCGGGGCGGGUUCGCUCGCCGCUGCCCUGGUGCUUCAGGGAGUCGCCACCCAAUCCGUGCGCAGCGUUGGGCUUUUUUUCGCUGCCCGGGUUUGCGGUUCCGGCGCAUCAUUGGACGAGGUGGUGGAUCAGCUCGCGCAGAAGGGCAGCGAGGGGCUGCAUAAACUUUUGGGCUCAGGCAGGCUGUGGACUGCCCGGGGCAGGACGUCGUUAAGUUAUGGUUUGAUGGGGGAUGGGAGGAGAGGGACGAGUAGUCUUAGCGGUAUCAGCAACACUCCUUACGAACGUCUCACCCCUUCCCAGCAGCAGCAGCAGGAGCAGCAGGAGCAGGAGGAGGAGGAGGAGCAGCAGCAGGAAAUAGAAGGGCAGGGCUGGAGGGAAUUUUCAGGAGGAAGCGUUUCCGGACAGAGCGGAAGAGAGGCACAGGUGUUCCGAUCCGCAGCAGCAGACUACUCCCUCACAGGCACCCACUUCCCCACCGCCUUUGCAGACGGCAUGGACGGCACCCCCUCUGGAGCCUCCUCCGCAGCUUCCUCCGCAGCUUCCUCUGCGGAAUCCUCGCUACUGAUCGGAGUCAUAGGCUCGUUGCUCGGGUGGGCGUCACUGGGGACGCUCAUAGGGCCGCUGUUCGGCUCGUUUGCCUACCAGUACCUGUCCCCCUGGAUCGCGUAUCUCGUUGCGGCUGUGGCAGCGGCUGUACUCGCGUUCCUCUCGUUCCUGCUCUCCCCUGAAGCGCACUCCCUCGACCGCCUAGAGUUCCAGUUCCGCUGGCGCAAGAAAAAGCAGCAGAAGCAGCAGCAGCAGCAGGAGGAGGAAGAGAUGGAAGCGCAGGAGGAACCGCAGCUGCAGCAGCAACAGGGUAACCCGGCGUCCUACGCUCUCACAAAUACCUCCUCUAACCCCCCCGGCGGCGAUACCCUGCAGUCUUCACCAAGCCCUGUGUCAUUAGGCCUCGCCUCUGGCUCUACUGCAGAACCUGGCCCAGACUCUAUCGUCAGUCCAAGUUUCCAGGCGGGCAGCGGGCAGGUGACGGUAAAUUUUGAGGCGCUCGGGGUAGAGCCUCCUCCGGAACCUUCCGACCUGCCCGACUCGUUCUUUUCGUCGUUUGCAUCUCGCCAGGAUGACCCUUCAGGUGACCCUUCAGGGGUUGCAGCAGAGUAUGAUGAUGGAGACUUUGCGCUGACUCGGAGAUUCGAACCCAUCACCUCUGCCUCCAACCCUGCAGCUGCCUCUGCUCCUACUGAUAGCCCCCAACGCACCACACAGCCCCAUGACCCCUCACUUCCUCCACAGCUCAUUGACUCCUCUCCUGCUCCACAGCCCCGCAUGUCUGACCCUCAGGCACCUAUCCCCACCAGUAUCGUCGUCCCCCUCAUCCCCCCUCCCAACCCCACACCUGAGAGUGCGCAGGUGACUGCUUCUGAUCGUACCUCUGCCCCCGCCCCCGCCCCCGCCCCCGCCCCUGCCCCUGCCCAUGCCGCUGCCACCGCUACUGGCGCACCUACCACUGCCAUUACCCCUGAACCUGAACCAGCAGCUGCCUCUACUGCUGCUAUGGCUCAAGAUGCUCCUGCUAUGGAUUCGGGGGCUGCAGUUGCAGGAGGUGCUGCAAGCACAGAAGCAGAAGCAGAAGCAGAUGCGGAGUGGCACGAGGUGUCCCUAUCAGCACCGGCCGAAAGACGGUCCGGCCAGGUGACAGGACUAGCGGCAGCACAAGUCGCAGCGCCUGAAGCUACGCCAGAGGCAGCAGCAGGGGUGGGGAUGAGUGUGAGAGGCACUGCACCUGGAGCAGCAGCAGAGCCUGCUGAUAUGAUCGACCAGGCGUUCAAUCUCGGCAGAGACAGCAGUAGCUCAAUCGCCAAUGCUGCUCCUGUCCCUUCCAUUCCCUCCUCCACCACCACCAGCAGUAGCACCACCACCACCACGAACAGCACCACCACCACCACCAACACCAGCACGGCGGCAACAAGCAAUCUCCCUCGAAGUGCCCCUAGCAUCCCUCCCCUUGAUGCCCCAUCAGCCAUUGCACCAUCUGCACCUGUUGCCGCGAGUUACCCACCUGGUACAGCUGGCGCCUCCAGCUCAGCUGCUGACGUCAGCGGCAGCUACAGUAGCUACAACAGCGCCCAGCAUGAAUACCACCAGCAACAGCAGCAGCAGGAGCAGGAGCUGCAGGAGCUGGAACAGCAGCAGCAAGAGCAGCAACAGCAGCAGGAGCAGCAGCAGCGGCAGCGGCAGGGAAGCAUGACCAUCCGAGGGCUUCUCUUUGCCCUCCGCAACCGCCUCGCCACCGCCGUGCUCCUCACCACGGCCGUGCAAACGCUCUCCUUUGGAGCCCUCGAGGCCACGCUCCCUUUCUUCCUAGCGGAUACCUGCGACGCCGGACCGGCCUCUGUCGGGCUCGCGUUUGCGUUCAACGGGCUGGGAUACUCGUUUGUGGCUUAUGUUCGCAAGGAUGGCACGCAGCGGUGGCACACGCUGCGAGACGUGCUCGAUCUACGACAGCUGCUGCGCGCGCGGAAACACGGGCAGGCGGCUCCUGAUGGCUCAGCAACAACAGCAUCAGGAGGAGCAGGAACCCCCUCACGCACAGCAGUCUCCUUGGAAGCUGCCACUGCCGCGUCAGCAGCUGCUCUGGCGGGGAUCUCUCCGCGGAGAGACGGGUCCCCUGCUGCCGCCACGUCAGCCGCCGCGUCAGCAGUCGUGCCAGUUGUCAGCCUGGUUUCUGCAGACGACCCAAUCACGAAUCUGUUCAAGACGCCCGGGCAGGAGUGGUUCUACGUGGACAUGCAUGGGGAGGUGCAGGGCCCCUUCAACUCCCACAUCUCUCGCCCAGCUCUUCUGUCCUUUUCUCUUCUGUACCCCUCUUCGCCCCUCUUUGCUCCUCUACACCUCUCUACACCCCUCUCCACCCACCAGGAGUGGUUCUACGUGGACAUGCACGGGGAUGUGCAGGGGCCCUUCAGCUCACAGAAGAUGCAGCGCUGGUGGACCAACCCCCUCUAUAAGGACCACUUCUCCUUGUUGAAGUGCCGCAGGGGGCACCAUGGCGAGUUCCGCCUGCUGCCUGAAAUAGCAGAGGAGGCGGCAGCGAGAGGGCCCCCUCCGGAAUCACCCAAGCAGCUUGGGUAUAGAGACCCUGGCAGCGCGGGGAAGGCUCCGAAGAGCGAGAGAUAUGUGCGGUCGGGGUCGCGCCAGGAGGAGAGCGAUCUGUCCAAGGAGGUGGAGGAGCUGAAGCAGCAGGUGGAGCGACUGGAGGUGGACAACGAGGGGCUGAGGAACUCACAGGAGGACACCUUCAUUCUGCGCAUGCAAGUGGAGCGCUUGCUGAGGGAGAAAGCAGAGUUAGCACGCGAGGUCACGAUGCUGAAGCGCGAGAAGGAGUCACUCCAAGAGCUGCUGCAGUACGCGCAGCAGUUUGACAUUGGGGACGAGGGCGUGGCUGAUGAGCUCACUGGGGAUGCAUACCCUCUCUUACACCCCGCUCCCCUCAUGACCACCUCGAACGUUUGCUGCGAGAGAGCAGAGCUGGCACGGGAGGUCACGAUGUUGAAACGUGAAAAGGAGUCUCUGCAGGAGCUGCUGCAGUACGCGCAGCAGUUUGACAUUGGGGACGAGGGCGUGGCUGAUGAGCUGAUCGCGGGCGAGGAGGGAGAGAUGGUUGAGCGCCUGCUGCGAGAAAAGGCAGAGCUGGCGAGACAAGUGACGAUGCUAAAGAGGGAGAAGGAGAGUCUGCAGGAGCUGCUGCAGUACGCGCAGCAGUUUGACAUUGGGGAUGAGGGCGUGGCUGAUGAGCUGAUCGCGGGUGCAUCCCCUCUCUUACACCCUCCUCCCCUUAUGACCCCCUUCCUCACUCCCCCACCCUCCCCGCCCCAUUCUGCUCUCCCCCGUUCACAGUUGCGUAUGCAAGUUGAGCGCCUGCUGCGAGAAAAGGCAGAGCUGGCGAGAGAAGUGACGAUGCUAAAGAGGGAGAAGGAGUCUCUCCAGGAGCUGCUGCAGUACGCGCAGCAGUUUGACAUUGGGGAUGAGGGCGUGGCUGAUGAGCUGAUCGCGGGCGAGGAGGGCGAGGGCAUGGGGGGGAACGAGUGGGCGGGCGAGGGGGACCGGGCAACAGAGGAGUGGUUUGAGAUGCUUGAAGCUGCUUCCCAUAAGCAGGGCGGGAACGAGUGGGCGGGCGAGGGGGACCGGGCAACAGAGGAGUGGUUUGAGAUGCUUGAAGCUGCUUCCCAUAAGCAGGGCGGGAACGAGUGGGCGGGCGAGGGGGACCGGGCAACAGAGGAGUGGUUUGAGAUGCUCGAGGCUGCUUCUCAUAAGGUCCCGCAGGGAUGUUGCCCAUGGGCGCAGCAGCAGGAGCUGCUGUCGUCCACGCAGCAGUUUGACAUUGCAGGCGAGGGCGUGGCAGAUGAGCUGAUAGCGGGCGAGGAGGGGGAAGGGAUGGGCGGGAAGGUGUGGGGAGGUGGGGAUGAUUGGGCCACAGAGGGCCGGGCCACACAGGGAGGUGUCAGGGAGGUGUCAGGUAGGUGUCAGGGAGGUGUCAGGGAGGUGUCAGGGAGGUGUCAGGGAGGUGUCAGGGAGGUGUCAGAGGUGGAGGGGAGGGUGUGGGGGGGAAGGGGGGGGGAGGUAGGGGAGGAGAGGGAGGGAAGGAUGGCUCCCCCAGGACAGGAAGGAAGAGAAGCAGGCGGCAUGGAGUUGACUUUUGAGGCGCCUCAAAAGGAGGGAAGAGAAGCAGGCGGCAUGGGGUUGGUGACGGGAGGUCUGGAGGUGCAUCGAUUCAGUAAGAAGUCCUCUGCAUAG